AAGGGACACGGGAGGUCCGACCCGAAAGUGGGCGGGCCCGACGGGGGCGUGGUCAAGUAUGGGCUGACCCGAACGCGGGCCCCGGCGGCCAUGAUGAGGCCCCGCCCUUUCGCUCCAGCCGCCACUUCUUUCCUUACCAAGGUGAAUCCCGGAGGAUCAUCCGUCCUUUGGUGCAGACAUCAAAGCAAGUAGCAUUUUGUCAGGAGAAGAAUGGCAUUGAAACAGAUUUCCAGUAACAAGUGCUUUGGAGGAUUGCAGAAAGUUUUUGAACAUGACAGUGUUGAACUGAACUGCAAAAUGAAAUUUGCUAUCUACUUGCCACCCAAGGCAGAAACUGGAAAGUGCCCUGCGCUGUAUUGGCUGUCUGGUUUAACUUGCACGGAACAAAAUUUCAUAUCCAAGUCUGGUUUCCAUCAAGCUGCCUCAGAACACGGCCUUGUCGUCAUUGCCCCUGACACCAGCCCUCGGGGCUGCAGUAUUAAAGGAGAGGAUGAGAGCUGGGACUUCGGCACCGGUGCUGGGUUUUACGUGGACGCCACUGAGGAUCCCUGGAAAACUAACUACAGAAUGUACUCUUAUGUGACGGAGGAGCUUCCCAAACUCAUAAAUGCCAAUUUUCCAGUGGACCCCCAAAGGAUGUCUAUUUUUGGCCAUUCAAUGGGAGGCCAUGGAGCUCUGAUUUGUGCUUUGAAGAAUCCUGGAAAGUACAAAUCUGUGUCAGCAUUUGCUCCAAUUUGCAACCCAGUGCUCUGUCCUUGGGGCAAAAAAGCCUUUAGUGGAUAUUUGGGAACAGAUCAAAAUAAAUGGAAGGCUUAUGAUGCUACCCAUCUUGUGAAGUCUUACCCAGGUUCUCAACUGGACAUACUAAUCGACCAAGGGAAAGAGGACCAGUUCCUUUCAGAUGGACAGUUACUACCUGAUAACUUCAUAGCUGCCUGUACAGAAAAGAAAGUCCCCGUUGUUUUUAGAUUACAAGAGGGUUAUGAUCAUAGCUACUACUUCAUUGCAACCUUUAUUACUGAUCACAUCAGACAUCAUGCAAAAUACCUGAAUGCAUGAAAAAACUUCAGAUAAGAGAAUCUGUUCAGAAUUAUAAAAUUGUAAUAAACAGAACUGCUGGGAAAAAUCACUUCCAUACAUUGGAUUUCAUAGUGCUAAAAUGCAUCAUUCCAUAGUUGAAUCACUUUCUGAAUGAAUAUAUAAAAACCUGCUUUUGAUUUACCAAUGUUGGGAAAUAAUUUAAUACAUCACAAGGCUUUCUCAAGGUCAAAUGGAAAUCAUCAUUGUAUUAACCUCUGGCCACAAAAUAUGAAUAUAAUACCAUUUAAAUACAGAAUGUUAUCUCAGAAACUGGUUUUAGAGGUAAUCUAGCCUAAGCCCCUCACUCUUUCAGACAUUAAGUCUGUGAAGGAUGGACGGUCUUCAUUAUGGUUGUUGUUCUGUUGCUAGUGUCUGCCAACUACUCAGCUUCUAGGAGGCAUUUAGUUGAAUAAGGAAGUAGGCUCUGAAAGAUUAAGUAAAUUCCCCAUCAUUAUCCAGUUAUUUGUGGGACAGCUAAGAUUAGAAGCCAGAUUUCCUAAACCCAACCCAAUGAGACUUCUUUGCUUAUCUGUUAAGUCAAACAUUUGUGAACAUUGGUUUCUGGGAUUUCUCUAGAGACAAGAAUUAAAUAAGAAGAUUCAAUCUGAAAAUAAGUCUAUGUAACGAAAGUUGCUUCAUAUGUUACUGUAAACAGAUAUUUUCCUGUCUUUACAUGAAAUUUAGCUUGGUGAGCUCACCAAGAAAAGUAAUCAGUCUCUCUGUAAAUCCCAAAUUGUGUUCCUUUUAAGAACUUAAUAUGAAUAAACUCAUUUUGAAACAUGACA